AUCAAUGUUUAGUCUUUCUUCUUACGCUGAUCGAGGCAGUUCAGUUUUUCUUUUUUGUGAAAUUGUUUAUUAUUGUGUUUUAAUUUUAUGACUAUAAUUUUUCUCACAGUUUUUCUCUCACGAUCACAAUUUUUUCAAGAUCGCAAAUUGUAAAUUAAAUUUUGAAGAAAAAUAGAAAAUGCCAAUCAGUAAAAUUAGAAUUGCAAUUAUCGGCGGUGGUGUUGCUGGAUUAAUUGUAGCAAGACAUGUCACUUCAAGACCAGAAUUUUACAGUGUAUGUCUUUUUGAGCAAACGGAUGAAAUCGGUGGCACUUGGGUUUAUACUGAUGAGACAGAAUUUGAUGAAAAUCAAUUACCAGUUCACAGCAGUAUGUACGAAAAUCUCAGAACAAAUUUGCCAAAGGAAAUUAUGCAAAUUCCUGACUUUCCAUUCAAGGAUUCUGAAGGAUUACCAUCUUUCGUUCAUCACAGCGUUAUUCGUCAAUAUCUCGUCGAUUAUGCGAAACAUUUUAAUUUACACCCUCACAUGAAGCUUCAAACUUUGGUGAAUCACGUGGAACCUGAAAUUCUUUCGACUGGAGAAACAAUUUGGUUGGUGACAUUCACGGAUUUACGUACAAAAUUAGUUAAGACGAAAUUAUUUGACGUUGUUAUUUUAUGCAAUGGACAUUACACAGUUGGACAUUUUCCACAAAUCCAAGGAAUUGAAAACUUUCAUGGCGGAAUAAUUCACAGUCAUCAAUAUCGAAAACCGGAAAAUUACGCUGGACGUAAAGUUUGUAUCCUGGGUGCAUCCUGGUCUGGAAUUGACAUCGCUCUCGAAAUUUCGAAAUAUGGCGAUAAAAUUUAUUUGAGUCACAAUCUUCCUCAACCGUUGGACGCAACAUUGCCAAAGAACAUCGAACAAGUGCCGGGCGUUAAAUCAAUUUGCGGAAAUACUUUUUUCUUUCGCGACGGCUCAUUUGCUGAGAUCGAUGAUUUUAUAUUCUGCACAGGAUACGAAUUUACCUACCCGUUUUUGUCGAAGAAAGUGGAAAUUCACACGAGGGAUAAUCACGUGGAACCAAUUUAUAAACAUCUUAUUCAUAUGAAAAUGAAGAAUUUAUUUUUUAUGGGACUACCGACAAUUGUCGUACCGUUUCCAAUGUUUCACAUUCAAGCUCAAUAUAUCAUGGGAAUUUUAGAAGGUCGUGUCAAAUUACCAACACCGGAAGAAAUGAAAGAGGACUUUGAAAGAGAAAAACAAUCUUUACUCGAUUCUGGAAUUCCCAUUCGACAUAUAAAUAAAUUAGUGGACCGACAAUGGGAUUAUUAUGACGAAAUAGCGGCUGCAGUUCAUGUUCCAAGUUUUCCACCGGUAAUCAAAAAGAUUUACAAUUACUCCAAUAAAAUGCGUGAAUUAGAUUUGAUGACUUACAAAAAUUAUCAAUAUCGUAUUAUCGACAGUGAAAAUUUCACUGUAAGUUGUCGUAAAGGCUGUUAAUAUAGUACAUAGAAAAUAAUAGAAAAAAAAUUUUAUUCCUCUUUUUUAAAAAGAUUUUAAAUUAAUAAAUAAUAUUAUUUUUAAUA